CCCACAGUUCGGCAUUAAUAGCAAGCAGAUGACUUUCACAAGGUAGGCUGCUGAGUGCUGGGUGCCGAACUGGAUUGGAUGGACAUGAUAAGAUCACAUAGCCAGAGAGAGAGAGAGAGAGAGAGAGAGUUAAUCCAACGGCCAUUUAUUGUCAUUUCUCAUCCAACCACCAUUAAUGAACCCUUCCGUCUUUGGUUCUGCACUCUGUAAGUGAAGUAUAUAUAAGUGUGUAAAACACACAAAACAAGACCAUACAGAGGCAGCCACAUAGAGGUGGAAAGAAAGCAGCUUCUCCUUUGAGUGUUCAAGUGGCCUUUGUCUGCCUUCAAUGGCUUCUGCUGGGGCAGUGAAGCUCUUUCUUCUUUGCUUGGUUUUAUGGGUUUACACUCUCUCUUCUUGUCAAGGGAAGCAGAAUUUCUAUCCAUUUGGGUACCCGUUUAUCAAGAAAGCAAGCACUUUCUCCACCAAAUCAUCAUCAUUCUCAUCAAUUGGUGGAGAGAAUGCUUAUGACUAUAUAGUAGUUGGGGGGGGAACAGCUGGGUGUCCCUUAGCUGCCACAUUGUCCCAAAAUUUCAGUGUGUUAUUGCUUGAAAGAGGUGGUGUUCCUUUCGCCAAUCCAAAUAUCUCAUACUUAAGCAACUUCCAUAUGACUCUGGCUGAUACUUCUCCAACUUCUGCUUCCCAAUACUUCAUUUCCACUGAUGGAGUCCUCAAUUCUAGGGGUAGGGUUUUGGGUGGUGGUACUAGCAUCAAUGCUGGGUUCUACACAAGGGCAAGUACAAGGUUUAUAAAGAAAGUAGGAUGGGAUGAAAAAUUGGUGAAUGAGUCAUAUCCCUGGGUUGAGAAGCAAAUUGUUCACAGUCCUAAGGUUGCCCCAUGGCAGGUCGCUCUGAGGGACAGUUUAUUGGAUAUUGGGGUGUCACCUUUUAAUGGAUUCACUUAUGAUCACGUCUAUGGAACCAAGAUUGGUGGCACAAUCUUUGACCAGUUCGGCCGCCGGCACACCGCAGCGGAACUGCUUCUAUCCGGGAACCCACAGAUGCUUACUGUCUUGGUACAUGCCACAGUCCAAAAGGUUCUAUUUGAUACAUCAGGGAAGAGUCCAAAGGCAAUGGGAGUCAUAUUCAAAGAUGAAAAUGGUAACCAACACCAAGCAUUUCUUGUAAAUAAUCCUAGGAGUGAAGUAAUAUUGUCCUGUGGAGCCAUUGGCACACCUCAGAUGCUGCUGCUAAGUGGCAUUGGCCCAAGAGCUGAACUUAAAAGGAUGAGAAUUCCACUAGUUCUUGACAAUGAAUUUGUUGGGAAAGGCAUGGCUGAUAAUCCUUUGAACACUAUUUUUGUUCCAUCUAAAAGACCAGUUCAGCAGUCAUUAAUACGAACUGUUGGGAUUACAAAGUUUGGUGUUUAUAUUGAAGCUAGCAGUGGAUUUGGGCAGUCCAAUGAUAGCAUUCAUUUUCAUCAUGGAAUGAUGUCUGCAGAGAUAGGGCAGGUAUCUACCAUUCCUCCAAAGCAAAGAACACCGGAGGCCAUUCAAGCCUACAUUAAAAGAAAGAAGGACCUGCCUCAUGAAGCAUUCAAGGGAGGCUUCAUUCUUGAAAAGCUUGCCAGGCCCAUUUCAACUGGGCAUCUCAGCUUGAUCAACACAAAUGUUGAUGAUAACCCUUCUGUCACCUUCAACUAUUUCAAACAUCCAAAAGAUUUGCACCGCUGCGUUCAUGGGAUCAGGAUGGCUACAAAGGUUGUUCAAUCAGAAUACUUCACAAACUUCACACAAUGUGACAACCAGACUGUGGAGAAGAUUCUUAACAUGAGUGUUGCUGCUAAUGUGAACCUUGUACCCAAGCAUCCCAAUGACACUAAUUCCCUAAAGCAGUUCUGCAAAGAUACUGUGAUCACAAUCUGGCACUAUCAUGGUGGGUGUCACGUAGGCAAGGUAGUGACACCUGGCUACAGAGUUAUUGGUAUUCAAAGGCUUCGAAUUGUCGAUGGCUCCACAUUUGAUGAAUCCCCUGGCACUAACCCUCAAGGCACUGUCUUGAUGAUGGGCAGGUACAUGGGACUGAAGAUUUUAAGAAAGAGACUAGGUAAGGCAGCUGGUGUUUAAGGACCAAAGAAAGAUCAACCAGAAGCAAUGAGAGGAACAGUGUUAGUCAAGCAGUGGCAAUGCAAUCUUGUAAUAUUUAUUCUCAGAAACCAGAUUUGUGAUGUGUAUAAAAUGUGUCUUGCCUUGGGAAAGCAAUAUUUUCGAUCCUCUUUGAAUCCUCAA